UUUGUUCCAGCGGCGUGAAGAGCGAGAAGUUUCAGAACAAACAAACAAACAAACAAACACAUACACACAGCGGAGUGUGUAGAGCAGUGUGUAUACCGUCAGCGCGGAGUGUGUGUACCGACAGCAGAUGGAGGUGUGUGCCGAGGCGAAGCGGGUGAUGGUCCAGGCCCUGAGUAAACUCUACAGCUCCCGGACCCAGCGCGGGGGGAUCCCGCUCCACCGGAGUCUCCUGCUCAGUCUGGUGAUGAGAGCCGCGCGAGACGCGUACCACUCCGCCCGGGACACGGACACGGACACGGGCGCGCAGACUGACACGAGCGCGCAGGAGCAGAGCCCGGCCCCCGCCGCACCCCACACACACACUCACACUCAGGAGCCGAUGGACACGGCGGAGGCGCCGGAGCUGCCGGAGCUGCCGGGCGGAGACAGGACGUUAGAGCGGGACGGAACCGCGGAUAAGGAGAACUGUAAGGGCAGCGCGCGCCGGGCCCAGUCACGGAAGCGGAGAGGGCGGAGCGCGGUGGAGCCUGACUUCCUGCCGUGUAAGAAGGCCAGACUGGACCCCGCCGAGCUCCGGAGGGUGCUGCAGGACUCCACCGCGCUCAGGAACACCGGGGGCUGCGGCCGGGACACCGACAACCUGUCCAACAACCUGUCCAACAACCUGUCCACCGCACACAUCCCCAGGACUAUAGUCACUUACUGAACACUGGCUGUGUGUGUGUGUCUGUGUGUGUGUGAGGGCCAGGACGCACAGUUCCCGGUGCGCGCGCGCUCUCCCGGUGGACCCUGAGUGUAAACUCCAGCUGUUAUUUCGGAUCUCUGGCUCAGACUGGACUCUCCGAGGUGACGUGUUGAUGACGUCACAAUGUGACAGGUGAUUCAUCGCGCGCGCAGAUUCUUUAGAGACUGACGGGGACAUGAGUCAGAGCCGAAACCAGGCGCGCGCGGUGUGUGUGUGUGUGAUGAGUCUGUUGAAUGAAGUGAAUGUUAAUAAGCUGAUGUAUUUAUUGUACACACUCUACUUUGUGUUCCUCACUGUAGUGUGUAGCUGCUACACCUGGCCAGGUCACGUGGUCACUACCUCACUUUUGUAUAAUAAAAUGUUUUUAUAUAAACGAA